AUGACCUAGAAAAUCUGCAGAAACUCCGGAUCCCAAGAUGCUUCACUCCUGAAAACCUUGGGAAGGUACAGAGGAUGGAACUGCAUCACUUUUCUGAUGCCAGUAGCCAUGGAUAUGGCCAGUGUUCCUACAUUAGAGUAGUGACAGAGGAUAAAGUGCAUUGUUCCUUAGUCAUAGGUAAGGCGAGGGUCGCACCUACAAAGGUUGUCACCAUACCUAGACUAGAGUUGACAGCUGCAGUGGUCUCUUCAGCAGUCAGUAGUGUAUUGAAGGAGGAGCUGGAGCUCAAAAUCGACCAAGAGUACUUCUGGACAGAUUCUCAGGUAGUUUUGGGCUACAUCAACAAUGACGCUCGAAGGUUUCACGUCUUUGUUGCAAAUAGAGUGCAAAGAAUAAAAGAAACGACAGAUCCAACACAGUGGAACUAUGUCGACAGUGACCAAAACCCAGCGGAUCACGCUUCCAGAGGCCUGAAGGUGUCAGAGUUGAUGAAUUCAACCUGGUUUACAGGACCAAAAUUCCUGUGGGAAAGAGAGAUUGUGACACAAAAACUUACUCCACAGCUUAUGAUUGGAGAUCCAGAAGUAAAAACAACACACAUACUACAAGUAAAAGUAGUUGAAGAGGACAGUUUUUUGCAGAGAUUUGAGCGGUUCUCAAAAUGGCAUACAGUACUGAAUGUUGUUGCUCGAAUUCAGAAAUUAGCAAAGGGGACCAAAAUGACAGAGCCUGUAAAUGUCGAGGACAGAAGAAAAGCUAGUCUUGUACUUGUGAAGUUAGCACAAAAAGAUGCAUUCAAAGAGGAAGUGCAAAUGUUAAGUCACGGUAAUCUGCCACGCAGCCAUCAGCUGUUUCAGCUUGACCCUGUAGUGCAGGAUGGGAUCCUCAGGGUGGGUGGGAGAUUGAAGAAGGCCUCCUUACCUCUGGAUGAGAAGCAUCCUGUUAUCUCACCACUGACAGUAUCAGUGAUCCCAAAGGUUUAGAGCCACUCACGCCUAACCAUUUGCUUACCAUGAAAAGUUCUGUCCCACUGCCUCCUCCAGGAGAAUUUGUAGCAGAGGAUGUAUAUGUUAGGAAAAGGUGGCGCAGAGUCCAGUAUCUGGCGGAACAAUUUUGGAGUAGAUGGAGGAAAGAGUACCUAGCAAACAUCACCCUCAGACAAUGCUGGCAUUCUUCAAAGAGAAAUGUGAAGGUUGGAGAUAUUGUCAUUGUGAAAGAGAAGGAAAUUCCCCGCAAUGAGUGGAGGCUUGGAAGGGUACUAGAUGUUUGUAAAGAUGAGGAUGGACUAGUACGAAAGGCUACUGUACAAAUGGGAAGUCGAAAAUGUGGGGACAAGAGUCAACAAAACACUACUUCAUCCAUACUUGAACGUCCUAUUCAUAAAUUAGUUGUGCUUGUAGAAAACAAGUAAAGUAUGUUCCACAGGAACCAAAAAUCAAACCACUUCCCAAAUACCAGAUGUUUAAUUGAUGAAAUUACUGGAUUUAUUCAAUGUUUGUGUAAAGGUUUCAUAAAUUACAGUAAUUUGGUGGGAGUGUAACUGUCCAGGGGACAGUAAUUUAAUUGUGGUCUCAUUUAUUGUUAUUGUUUUUAUAAAUAAUACGUAAAAUUAUAAAAAUUGAUUUAAAGGUAAAAUAAAUAAGGUUUAUAUGUUUAAUGUUAAAAAUGCAACACUGUUUUUAAAUGUUUUUGAUAGAUAUAAAUAAGUCACAUGACCACGGUUUAGUUCAGGGUUCAAUGUGAAGGAUUGUGGGAAAUGCAACAUGGCGGCAGAGUCAUACACCAUUACAACGUGCUACAGAGAAGAAGACAAACUAACAAGCGAACUAUUCCGAUGGUCUGAGAGGCGCACACGUUUUCACGGUGUCUGCUGACUGGAGAGGGAUAAUAAAAAGUUAAAAGACAUCUGUAUGAUUCGUGGCCUUCAUAAACAUCAGACCUGAGUAGUUACA